AUGGGGGAUGAUCGGAAUACAUCUCAACCUUCUGCCGCCGCCGCUCUGCUCACCUCUGGUCAAGAUGUUCAGGACUAUGCCUGGAUGUUGGUGGAUUCACGCCAAAGUGAGGUCCGCCGCAAUAUAUAUUUAAUCAAGAAAUAUAUGCGCGAACUGUACGACAGAACGGAGAUAGAUAAAUCUCAGGGCGAACUGGGCAACAUAUCGAAGAUGGAGAAAUCUCUUGCCCAACUGGUCGAUUUGACGAAAUCAAUGUUGGAGCAGAUUCGCUCACUACAACCCACGGUGCAUAAGGCCGUUAAUCCUUACCCAAGCUUGCCCAUGGAUUCGGAGCAUGCAUCAAUGACAUUAAAUCAGGGGGCUAUUAGAUCUGUAUAUUUAAUUACGUCUUAUUUUGGGAUUGAAGAAGGAAGUAAUGCAAUCUAUGGAGUGAAAUUCAAACACGAAGGAGGACUCACUCAUGAACCCCCAGUAAUUGGACUUGUUGACAGGUUCUGUGAGGGUGAGAAGUAUGACGUUUUUGGCAUGAAGGCUGCACAUAUUUUCAACCGCUCCAAAUUAUACAUCCUUACAAAGAGCGGUGGAUAUAUUAUUGACACGAAGACUAUGUCAAGAUGUUCAUCUUUUCCUCCUCCCCUAGCCUGUAAAUCAAUACCGAGUGUUGUAUCUGCGUAUGACAAGCUGUAUUGUCUUGCAAUCCCAUCGUUCCUUGAACCAAUUCCGUACCUCUCCUUCGAGAGAUAUGAUCCUGAUAUGAAUGAGAGUAGAGAAAUUUGA